GGUAACGCUGGUGCUUUGCUGUCGAGUCACCUCUGUCAAGCGGGAUGGGGGAAAAGGAACCGCUAUCAUGCUGAUAAACGCAGGAUCCCGACGGACUGAGCGUCAAUAACUUGAUGUAUUUACGUUCAGCCUGACCGUUUAUCUUCAAAUUACCGAAAUUGUCCCGUUACAGUUUGCCAAAAUGAUGGAAGAAAUCGACAGAUUCCAAGUGCCUCCUGUCAACGGAGAGACACAGCCUUUGGACCCAGCAGCAUCGUCCACUUUAGAGGCAGCAUCUGACCCUAAAGGAGAGAAUGUGGCCAUGAACUACAAGCCCUCCCCACUGCAGGUCCAGAUAGAGAAACAGAGAGACCUUGCCAGGAAGGCGUCAGUGAAGAACGGCACUGUGGGAAGUCCUGUCAAUCAGCAACCCAAGAAGAACGCCAGGACAAGGUUGGUGGUGCCAAACAAAGGUUACUCCUCUUUAGACCAGAGCCCGGAUGAGAAGCCGCUGGUUGCACUGGACACUGACAGUGACGAUGACUUCGACAUGUCCAGAUACUCUUCAUCAGGAUACUCCUCAGCCGAGGUGAGAUGUCUGAGGGACCAGCAAAUUAACCAGGAUUUGAACAUCCAGCUCCUGAAGGACGGGUACCGGCUUGACGAGAUACCAGACGACGAGGACCUGGAUCUGAUCCCCCCCAAAGCAGUCAACCCCACCUGCAUGUGCUGUCAGGCUGCUUCCUCCACUGCCUGUCAGAUCCAGUAGCUACCCCGCUCCUCCUUCAUCCCCAGAAGUUUCUUUUUGCCAGCUGCUGAACAGAAUGGCAUCGAGGAGAAAAUAAAGAUCAACUUGAAAACAGGCAAAAGAGGAUGAGAAACUGAAUAUGUGCAGCACCUGUGCAUGUUCCUCCUAUGGCAGGAUCUGUGUCUUACGUCUGCAGUGUUGGUUCAGCACGGAUGGAUUCAACGUGUGUCAGAGACCUUACCUCGAAGAAAACAGCGCUGCUUUUGCUUCUCCGUUUGAGUUUAUGCUUAGGGAGUUUUUGUUUUGCAUAAACGGUUUGUGCAAUGUCGCAAAAGAGGAGAAACGACCUGAAUGGAGGAGAAAGUUUCAGCCAAAUGACUUUUUGUCAUCAUUACUGUGUCAGUGGGCUGUCCAAGCACCCCACUUUGUCUCCUGGGGUAUAAUUUACCAUCCAUUAUAAUGGACUGUAGUUUGAACAAGGCCAUUUUAUUUCCAAUUCCCUGAAUUCUUUCAGCUGCUCUGCUUCGUCUUCCCUCUUGAUAUCAGCAUCAGACUCCAAAACAAUGUGAGUGAGUCCGGCCAUGCCAGGAAAACAGUGCGAAUGAAACACGACUGGUCACCCUCUUCACAUCAAGCGCCAAUCUGUGUUAUACUGAGAUUAUCCUGGUUAUAUUUGUUUUAUGUUUAGUUAUAAGAAGCUAAAAAAAUGCAUGUUGCCUGUUAACACUGUGUCCAGAUGACAGAUGUGCCGAUAUUUAUUUUUAUCCUACUGACCUACAGCCAACCCCCCAUACUAAAGAAAGAUGCCGUACUUUGUAAAAUGGAACAUCGGUCAUAUUUAGGUUCACCUACUGCCAUUUUAAUACACGUAGAGGGGGAAAAAAACAUAAUGAGCUGCUGAGUCACUGCACAUUGUGUAGUUAUUCAUGAAACAUCAACGUUUUUAUUGUAGAACCUAUAAAAUAAGGCAAAUUAGUGAAGGUAAAGCUUAGAAAUGUCUUAGUUUUGAUACAAGGAAUGUUCUUGAGCUGAUGCCCCAUAGUUAUAAUUAAUCCUCCUGAUAAAGAUGUAAAAAAAAAAAAAAAAGAUUGUCUAUCAAAUGAAAUCACAACUGAUCCAUUUGUUUAUCUCUAGAAGCUAUUAAGCAGGAGCCGUGCAUGAACAAAUCAUACUCAGUGUACAGUAUGGAGAGACUACCUUCCUUCACAAGCAUGCUGUUGGAUGUUUGAGUACCCCGGUGGGAACCCAAGCAUGCACAGAGAGAUCAAAAAACUCCUACAGAAAGACUGGAAAGCGAGUAUGAAAACCCAGGACUUUAUGGAAGUAAUGAGUCCUGUGUGUCUUAAUUACUCCUCAAACAACACACAAAAAACAAGAAACCUCUAAAGUAAACAGCUGCUUCCUUUGUUUUUCUGUAUUCCUGUGAUCAAAUUCUAUCAAGGAAGUUUUCAUUUGAAACUUGGCUUCAUGUUUCCCCUUGAGCAUAAAUAUGACGCAGGCCUGUUCCUACUAAUCGUUCUUCAAAUUGAGCAACUCAAGAAAACCUGAAAUUCCACAGUGGCAUUAGUGGUAAGACUAAAGAUACUGGAUAGAAAAUUUUACAUUUUUAAAGGGCAACGCUGACCGUAGAAAAAAGGUUAUCUUAGAGUAACAGACAAAAAAAAAUAUAUUUCAUGACUUUUAUACAUAUUUUAACUAGGGAUGCCAAUAAUUGUGUAAGGUGCAUUUUCUGGAAAAACGUUAUACAUUUAGCACUAGAAGAGCUGUGUGUUUGUCCUACAUUCUCUCCUAUUGGUUGUGAAUCUCAAUAAGCAGUCCUUCAUGUCAUUAAAAAUGAUUUUAUUUGUUUGAAUCUUACUGACCUCCACAGUUCUCUGUACCAUCUGUCAAGGCACCCUGCAGAAUUUACCCUAUAGGAUCCAAACAUGUAGAUGGAAAGUAAACUAAAGGAAGAGAUUGUAGACAUUGG